UCAUUUCAUUCAUGCCGUCUAUAAACAGCUGCGAUAGCUAACCUCCAAAAAUCUUUCAACUUGUUAUCGUUUCCAUUCAGAGGCCUAGUUUUUUCAACAUAAUGGGUGAUAUACUGAAAGAUAGUCGUUUUACAAAAUACCUCAACGAUCCCAGAUAUAGACAAAUUCCAAAGCAUGAGAGGAAAGUUAAGAUUGAUAAACGGUUUCAGUCAAUGUUUAAUGAUGAAAAGUUCAAAGUAAAAUACACUGUUGAUAAACGUAAAGUAAAAUACACUGUUGAUAAACGUGGACGACCUGUCAACGAAACUUCUACAGAGAAUUUACGGAAAUAUUACGAAGUAGAUGAUUCAGAUGAAAGUUCAGCUGAUGAAGCUGAAGAAGAUGUACAAGAUGACAAGGACGGGUUAGGCGAUAAAUCUACAGAAGGCCGAUUAAUUGUUAUAUGUCCAUCGAGUGAAGAUGACGAUGAGGAAGACACUAAAAGUCUACAAACGACAAACGACAAAUUAACUCGCGGGAAAUUAAAUAAAAAAGUAAAAAGCAGGCUUCUGGACUUGGAUAUCGAUUAUGCGCGUGGUGAAGGUGUUCUACAAACGGACAGUUCAUCUGAGGAGGAAAGUAGUGAUGCAGAAGACGACAGUGAGUUGGAGCAUGAGUGGGGUGAGCUUGAUGCUGAUGCUGGCACUACUGAAGACUCCACCAACAGGAUUGCAAUCUGCAACAUGGAUUGGGAUAACAUUAAGGCAUCAGAUCUUAUGGUUUUACUCAACUCAUUCUUGCCGUCUGGAGGAGUAAUAAAGAAGAUUACAAUAUACCCAUCAGAGUAUGGUCUGAAACGAAUGAAAGAGGAAGAAGUACGAGGGCCUAUAGAGUUAACCGAGGAGAAACAAGAAGAAUUAUCAGAAAAUGAGGAUAAUGAAGAAGGUUCUGCAUAUCACAUGGAAAAACUUCGUCGAUAUCAGCUGAACAGAUUAAAGUAUUACUACGCGGUGGUGGAAUGCGACUCUGUUGCGAGCGCGGAUAAGUUGUACAGCGAGUGUGACGGUAUGGAGUAUGAGAGCAGUGCUACUCGACUCGAUAUGAGGUUCAUCCCGGAUGACGUCACGUUUGAUCAGGAACCUCGGGAAGAAUGUACAAAAUUACCUGAUAUGACGAAAUACAAACCUCGUCUGUUUACCACUACGGCGCUGCAGCAAGCCAAAGUUGAGCUCACCUGGGAUGCAACCAAUCCCAACCGCACAGAAACUAUCAAAAGUGCCCUAGAUGGCAAAAUUGAUGAUCUUGACCUGAAAGACUACCUAGCAUCCAGUAGCGAAAGUGAAGGGGAUGGCGAAGCAUCAGAUGACGAAGCCAAGUCAGAUAAGGAUGAAGAGAAUGAAGACCCAAUACAAAGAUAUAAGAAGUUACUUGAAGAGAUUGAAAAAAAAGAUGAGAAGAAAAGUAACAAAGACAUGGAAAUGGAAAUAAGUUGGGGAAUAGGAAUUAAAGACAAAGCAGAAGAACUUGUGAAAAAGAAACAAAACGAGGAAGUCAAGGAUCUAACUCCAUUUGAAAAGUUACUUAAAAAACGCAAAGAAAAGAAGAAGCAAAAGAAAUUGAAAAAUAAAGAAAAAGCUGAACAUGAUAGUGCCGAGUCCGAAGAAGGGAAUAUGUCAGACGAUGUGCCUUCUGAUAUAGAUAUGAAUGAUCCAUACUUUGCGGAGGAGUUUAACAAGCCCGAGUUUAAGAAAGGAAAGGUAAGUAAACACAGUAAGAAAGGUAACGAGAGCCCCGUCAAUUCAGAAGAUGAAAAGGAAAGAGCCGAAUUAGAAUUGCUUUUGGACGAAGACGAUGGAAAAGCACACUUUAGUCUUAAGAAAAUCCAAGAAGCGGAAAGUACUAAAAAAUCAAAAAGGAAAAAGAAGUUGAAGGCAAAAAUGAUUGAACAAAAGCAAGCUUUGCCAGACUUUGAAGUUAAUGUUAACGAUGAACGAUUCUCCGCGUUGUAUAACUCUCAUUUAUACAAUAUCGAUCCUAGUGAUCCUAAUUUCAAGAAGACGAAGAAUAUGGAUCGGCUCAUACAAGAGAAAUUAAAACGAAGACCUGCAGACACACCAGCAGAAGUUCAACAGCCCAAACGAUCUAAAGAAGAAGCUGAACUAAGUCUUCUAGUUAAGAAUGUUAAGAGAAAAACGAAAAAUGUAUUGAAUAAAUAAAAAAAUCUAUUACUUAA